AGAAGUUUUCCUCAGGACCAAGGCACCAAGGCAGAAUGGCGCGAGGCUGGGGGCGAAUCCUGGGAGUAUCCCGUGACACCAUGUCGCCGUUAGUCGCAGUUAGUCGCAGUAGUUUUUGCCCAGCUCAUCUGGGCCAAUAUGCCAGCGUGGAAAACGAAUAACGAAAAUUUGUCUUUAUGUCAUCUAAAGACGCAACAAGUAGCCAAUCACUAUUCGUCGCAGUUUCGCAGUUUCGCACAAUGGUGCAAAGAUGCUAAGAAACCAGCCAACGAGCGUGUCUCAAAAGAUUCAACCAUUAUCCACUUUAUAUGCAGCCGCCAGUCAAUGCCCAACCAAGGGAUGUGGACACUUUCGCUCUUCCAACGGGGGAAAUGAGGCGACCCCACAGGGAUGAUUGAUGAGUCGUCGUUGAAAGAAGCUCAUCAUUCAGGGUCGACGUCGAAGGGGUCGAUCAUCAAGCGCGCUGAUAAGGACUUGUGGUGUUUGAGCCGCAAUGUCUGGCCGAUAGGAUAGGGCAGGUGGUGCUGGGCGUGCGCGCACGGCGCUGGGCGCUCUCAUUGAGUUUUGUAGGGAUCCUAAGAAACAGACCCAGGCAAAAGCCGCAAAGCACCAUGGGCCAUGGCACCCCAAGC